AUGCAACACAGCUACAUCAUACUGUCGCUGCUACCGGCGUUGGUGGUCAGUCAGACUGCUCCUCAAUUUGUAGUCCAAGUCCAGAACAAUUUGCCAGUAACCUACGAGGCGUCUAACACAGCGGUCACGCCUCCAGGAGUACUCCUUCCAAGAGAUGAUGUCCUCGAGGCACCGACCGUAACCCUCCCUGAGUCUGAGGCUUCAAAUGGAACCUACCUGUUGUUCAUGGUUGACCAGGAUGUGCCUCGCAACGGGACCACUGUGACUCUACUUCACUGGCUCCAGCCGUCGCUACAACGGUCUGGGAGUAAUGCGACCCUCACAGCAGCCAACUCGACCAUACAAGGCGCCGAGUAUAGGCCUCCCACACCACCCGGCGGGUCGGGCCCUCACCGCUACAGUUUCAUUCUCUACGACCAGCCUCUCAAUUUCAGCAUCCCAUCUGAGUACACUUCAAUCCUUUCGACACGUGUGGGGUUCAACCUGACUGCCUUUGGGGCAGCCGUUGGACUUGGUCAACCGCUGGCCGGAAACUACUUAAGAGUUCUCAACGGCACCGAAGCAGAGACCUCAUCCGCCGCGACCAUGACCGGGACUGUCGGAGUAGGCCCAACCGAGUCGCCUACCGUAACCGCAUCGACGACAGGUUCGGCAUCGAGCACAGCCAGCAACAAUUCGCCCAGCGACGCCACUACUGGUGGUGAAGCUUCAGCGACUGAGUCCGCUCCAGCACCAUCGGAAACAGCAAGCGAAGCGAGCACGUUGACCAAGGGCAGCUUGCGAGACCUUUUGUUAGGCCUGGCACUUGCAGCUGUUGGAGCGGGGAUGUGGAUGGCUUGA